GGCAGGCAGAGGCUGGCAGUUGGUCAGCUGCUGGACCACGCUCAUGGGUGAGGCCCUAAGUAUCACAAGUAUCCAGUCCCUGGGCUGUGAGGUCACAGAACACAUCCAAGUGGAGGAAGAAGAGUGGGUCUUUCCCAUUUCCAGGAAGCCAGCCGAGGAAGGAGAAGGCUCCCAGAGACCUCCAGCUUCUGAGCAGGUGGCUUUCCAGGGCAACUCUUGGGCAGACCCUUCUGCAGCUGCAGAACCAAACACAGAAGCAGAAGCAGAAGCAGAAGCACAAUCAGAACCAGAACCAGAACCAGAACCAGAACCAACUUCAAGUCAGUAAAUCUCAGCAGAACAAAACAUGGACAAAGGGAGCUCCAAGGGAAAGGGCAAAGGGGGCUCCGGCUCCAAGCGAGGCUCUAACGCCAAGUCCUCCAAGGGGAAGGCCGAGGAUCAGCAGAGCAUCCGGAGGGACCUGGCCAAGAUCGAGCAGAAGGUGGAUCUUCUGCUGGAGAAGAUGGAUAAGUUCACCAAGGAGCCCGGGGCCGCUGCUGCUGUGCAGGAAGAAAAGCCUCCGCAGCCGGAGCAGCAGCAGCAGCCCCCACCUCCUCCUUCACCUCCAACGCCAGCGUUGCCCCAGCAGGGGGCAACCCCCCAGCAGCAGGUGGUCCUGCCCCAGCAGGUCGCAGCACCCCAACAGCAGGUGGUCCUGCCCCAGCAGCAGGUGGCAACCCCCCUGCAGCAGGUGGUCCUGCCCCAGCAGCACCAGGGUGGCAAAGGCCAGAAGAGAUCCAAGGGCGGCGCCAAGGGGGCUCAUGCCGAGGCCGGAGGUGCUGGAAAGUCUGCGUAGACGGCGGAGCCCUGACCAGAGGGACGCCGGAGAUCAAGGCCGGGAGCGAGCGGCGGCUCCCUCCCUCUGAUGCCUGAGCCUUGGUCCUAGACCCCCCCCCUCCCCGGGCCCCCUCCCCCAAGCGCAGCGGUCCCCGAUCGGCUUCUCCAGGCCCCCCAGUUCAGCCCCUGACCGGUGGCCGCCCCUCGCCCCGAAGCUUCCCGCCGGCGGCCACCCGACUCCCCGCGGCCCUCCCGGGGGGGCCCCCACUCAAAGCAUCCCUGAGUUCUCCUGACAUUUCUCUGCAGGUUUAACAAUAAAAAGCAUUUUGUGGC